GUGGUACGCGUCGUACAAUAUCUGAGCAAUUGACAACACGACACCCAUGAAACCAGAUCGAUCCAAUAUGCUUCUUCAUUGAGAUCUCCGAAACCGGACGGAUGGGCCCCACAGAUCUCCAGACCGAUUUUUCGCUAACGUACGCAGUGGGCGGCACAUUAUCCUCCUCCUGCUUCUUUUCUCCUUCUCCACGCCGUUUCUUCAUGAAUUUAACUGAUCACCUUUUUUGAAAUUGUUGAACUUAUUAUUGUUUUUCAAAAGAAUAUCUUUUGAAUUCCUUUCUCUCAUGCAUGCCAAAUAAGUAAUCAUGUGUUCCAUCAAAUCGGGGAAAAUAGGAAGAUUUGAAAUCGGAGAAUCAGCUCUCUGCAAUUAUGUUUAUUUUCUUUUCAUGCGUCAUUGAUUUAAAUGUUUGUAUUUUCAUGCAUGUAAAGCUUUAAAACAAACUCUGUUUCGUUAUACUCGCUAAACCCAUGUAAAAUCUUUAAUCAAAAUUUGAACUUUCAUUUAUUUACAGAGUUUUUUUUUUCUUCCCUAAAGUUUCGAAGUUUGUUGAUACAUGUAAAAAUCAAUGAAACAGCGAACGAUACAAAAGAAGGAAACCAUCUCUUUCUUGCUCACGUCCAUCACCACCUUAAACAAACAAGGAAAAAGUCAAAAAUCUAAUUUUUUGAUUCUUUCAUCAAUUAUACAUAUCUUAUAAAUAAAUCCUUAUCCUUCUUCUUUGAUUGGGUUUUCUCUCUCGGUGCGUGUUUAAGUAGAAAAGCAUGGAAUCUGAUAAACCCAAUUGGGGUGCAAUCAUGGGUGCCUUUACCAGAACCUCAUGGGCGUUUGUUCUCCUUCUCUUCACCGUCUUGGCCAUUUUGUCUCUUCAGAUUUCGACGAAAUCCGUUCUCCCCAUACGAGUAUUUUCCGGAUCAUCAGAAGCCGCCGGCACCUCGUCGCCCGACCCGAGAAGCUGUUCCGGGUUCUUCACGGAGUUGCCACCGAGAAGAGUUGUUAUGUCGAUAAAGGAGUUCGGCGGAGUCGGCGACGGGGAAACGUCCAAUACCGAAACGUUUCGGAAGGCGAUGAAGUACAUGCAACGUUUCGUGGACAAAGGUGGCGCCCAGCUAAAUGUCCCCCGAGGAAGGUGGCUCACCGGAAGCUUCAAUCUCACCAGUAAUUUCACUCUGUUUCUUGAAGAAGGCGCUGUAAUUUUGGGAUCCCAGGAUAUAAAUGAAUGGCCUAUCAUAGAGCCAUUGCCAUCAUACGGGAGGGGGAGAGAACGGCUAGGAGGAAGACACAUUAGUCUUAUACACGGAGACAGGCUCACAAAUGUUGUCAUUACAGGACAGAAUGGGACUAUUGAUGGUCAAGGGAGGAUGUGGUGGGAAUUAUGGUGGAAUAGAACAUUGGUGCACACAAGAGGUCACCUCCUUGAACUGAAGAACUCUCGUAAUCUACUCAUCUCACACCUUACUUUCCGAAAUUCCCCCUUUUGGACCAUCCAUCCCGUCUACUGCAGUAACGUUGUUAUCAGAGGAAUGACAAUCUUGGCUCCCCUCAAUGCCCCUAAUACUGAUGGUAUAGACCCAGACUCAAGCACGAACGUAUGCAUUGAAGACUGUUACAUCGAGAGUGGGGAUGAUCUUGUGGCAGUGAAGAGUGGGUGGGACCAGUAUGGUGUUGCCUUUGCACGCCCAAGUUCAAACAUCAUCGUGCGCAGAAUUUCUGGCACUACUCCAACAUGUUCUGGGGUUGGAAUUGGAAGUGAGAUGUCCGGAGGGAUUUUUAAUGUAACCAUGGAGGACUUGCGUGUUUGGAAUUCGGCAGCUGGGGUACGUAUAAAAACUGACAAAGGUAGAGGGGGAUAUAUAGCAAAUAUCACUAUGAGUAACAUAACAAUGGAGAGGGUGAAGAUUCCUAUCAGGAUUAGCAAAGGUUCAAAUGAUCAUCCUGAUGGCAAUUGGGAUCCUAAAGCCAUCCCCAAAGUAAAGGGUAUUUUUAUUAGCAAUGUUGUCAGCUUAAAUUCAACCAGAGCUCCAUUGUUGGAGGGUGUUGAGGAAGCCUUAUUUGAAGACAUAUGCUUAAAGAAUAUUACUUUACUUGGCCUCCCAACGGCCAGGACAUGGCAUUGUGAGUUUGUUUCGGGUUCCAGCAGUAGUGUGUUUCCAAUGCCAUGUCCUGAGUUGCAAAAUAAUAUCUCUUUAUCCUCCCGGUGUUCAUUCUCUUGAGCUUCUCUUUUCAGUUCCAGGAUGGUUUUUGGGAAGUUUCUACUUCUGAUGAUAAGCUUUGUGUUAUCAUCUCUGGAAUUUGAGAAAUGUGGUUUUACCCAAUUUUGAUGAUCUUUCCAGAAAAUUGGUUUCUAUUGAAUUUUUGUUUUUCGUUUUUGCCAACUUGAUCAUAGACAUUGUUGAGUAAGUCCAACAAGCUGUAAA